UCAAAUGAUAAAUCCGCCAUUAAAGUAUAAUUGCCAAUGAAUUUUCUUUUGAUAACCGAUCAAUCGAGUAACUGUUGCAGCUCAUUUUACGUGGUCUUUAAGAGAUAAAAAACAAAAUAGCCUAAUGUGAAGAAAUGAAACUGAUGAAAUGGUAGGAAACCAACUGCUAAGAACCACAAACAACAAGAAGUUUUGAUGUCCGGGGGAUGUUUGCAUCAGCCCGGCGCACAUCCCUCACCUGCCUCAGCUCCUCUCCUCCGACUCUGUGCUGCACACAUCCUGUCUGAGAGGGAGAGGAGAAGGAGGAAGGGAGUCCACAGCAGGGACCUGGGAGUCAAGUUUAGCCAAACCUUUACGCACGCUUGUUUCGGAAGGCAUUUAUUUACCUGACGAUUUUUACAUUUCUCAGCAGGAUGCUUGUAUUUUUCUAAAAGUAAGCUGAAUAUUAUUAUGAAGCUUUUGGGAACUGAAGUGUCCCUUUUUUACGUUGUUCUCAUGCGGGUUCUGGUUGGCACCUUAAAUUAAGAAAAGUGUGGGUUUAAAGUUAUAGCCUUCAGCUCGGCGUCAUUGGAGGCGUUUGGUUGAGGGACGUCAGUCCAGCGCCAGGCUGCUGAACGGGAGAAAGAAGCUCUCCGCAUGAAGCCUUGGAUUAAUGUGAAGUAAAACAAGAAGACGUAAGAAUAUCACCUGAGCUCCGUGAUGUACAUGUGAAAGUUUCCCCGAUCCGAAUUGAUUUCGUUCGGACAAGGGGAGACUUUAAUGGAUUUUUUAUGUGGGACCCGCUAGGAUGGACGUGGUAGAUGAAACAGAAGCUUUACAGAGAUUUUUUGAAGGUCAUGAUAUUACCAGUUCUCUGGAGCCAGCCAACAUCGACACCAGUAUCCUGGAAGAGUACAUCAGCAAGGAGGACGAUAGCACUGACAUCUGUUUCUCAGAGGUCCACAGCACCCCAGGACCCAAUUAUUCAUCUCCCCAGGCAGGAGUGUCCUCCGCUGGGGGGUUGGUGUGUGGUGUGAGCCCCCCUAUUCCACUGCGCCAAGGAGCCCCUCCACCUGGGCCCCCUAAUUGUCAGAACGCCUAUCCCCCAGGUCCAUCCCUGGGACUCCGACACAACUACUCCUGCCUGGGUCAGCAGCAGCAACACCAACAGCAGCAACAGCAGGCUCACGUCAAGCCCGAGCACAGGGGCCACUACGCUCCAGGGACACUACCCGAGUCCCCCCCAGACUCCAGCUCAGAGCCGUACUCUCCUCAGCAGGUGAAUGAUCCUCACAUGAUCAGGACCAUGACACCAGAGAACAUGUGUCACAUGACUCCAACGCCGCCCCUUCCGCCACACGGGCACUAUCCCAGCAUGCAUCGGGACAUGUACCUGAAGCCUGAGCCCAUGAUAUCUCAGUAUCCUAUUGGUCCAGCCACAAGCGGAAGUGGAGACAUACAGCAGACACAGAUGCUCCAUCAGCUACUGCAGCAUCCUCAGGGGCAGGACGGCAUCCCUGUUCACCAGGCCAAGAAGAGGAAGCACUCUGACUCUCCCAACAGCACCCUCAAUUCCCAAAUCCUCACAGGUAUCAUCAAACAAGAACCAGGUUUAAUGCAGGAUGCAGACAAUGCCUACCUGGACCCAAACUAUCAGUGCAUUAAGUGGCAGCCUCACCAGCAGAACAAGUGGACACCACUUUAUGAUGCAAACUGCAAAGAGCUUCUGACGCCGACCUACCGUGUUGAUGCCGAUAAGGGCUUCAACUUUUCCUUGGCUGAUGAUGCUUUUGUUUGCCAGAAGAAGAACCACUUCCAGGUCACAGUAUACAUAGGCAUGCUGGGAGAUCCCAAGUACAUCAAGACGAGUGACGGCCUGCAGCCCAUUGACUGUUUCUAUCUCAAGCUCAAUGGAGUAAAGGUGGAGGCCAUGAAUCAAUCUAUCAGUGUGGAGCAGUCACAGUCUGACCGCAGCAAGAGACCCUUUAAACCAGUGCUGGUCACGCUUCCCGCAGAGCAGGUCACAAAGGUCACAGUGGGGCGGCUCCACUUCAGCGAGACCACGGCAAACAACAUGAGGAAGAAGGGCAAACCAAACCCUGAUCAGAGAUAUUUCAUGCUGGUGGUGGCCCUGCAUGCCCAGUCCCACAGUCAGAGCUACACUGUGGCUGCUCAUGCGUCUGAGAGGAUCAUCGUCAGGGUAACGUCUGGCCAUGCAUCCAACCCGGGCCAGUUUGAAAGUGACAACGAGGUGCUGUGGCAACGUGGCCAACUGCCUGACUCAGUGUACCACCACGGCAGGGUCGGCAUAAACACCGACCGCCCGGAUGAGGCCCUUGUUGUCCAUGGAAACCUGAAGGUCAUGGGCUCCCUGGUACACCCGUCUGAUAUCAGGGCCAAAGAAAAUGUCCAGGAGGUCGACACCACAGACAAUUUGAAACGGAUUUCUCAGAUGAGGCUCGUCCAUUAUCAGUACAAACCUGAGUUUGCUGCCAGCGUGGGCAUAGAGAACACUGCAGAGACUGGAGUGAUCGCUCAAGAGGUUCAACAAAUCUUGCCUGAAGCAGUGAAGGAGGGGGGUGAUGUGGUGUGUGCCAACGGAGAAACCAUUCCUAACCUGUUAGUCGUCAACAAGGAACGUAUCUUCAUGGAGAACGUGGGAGCGGUGAAGGAGCUAUGUAAGCUUACAGACAACCUGGAGACUCGCAUAGACGAACUGGAGCGUUGGAGCCGCAAACUGGCUAAGCUGCGUCGUCUUGACAGCAUGAAGAGCACCGUGAGCGGAGGCACUGUCAGCCAGUCAGGGAGUUAUUUUAGCAGAACAGGAAGUGGCCCACUCAAGAAGAAGACAGUCAAACCUGGGAGCAAGAAUUCGCCCCCAGAUCAAGGCUGCAUCAGCCAAAGGUUCAUGCAGGGAACAAUUCUGGCCCUGGUCGUUGUCAUGGCUUUCAGUGUCAUUUCCAUGUCCGUCCUUUAUGUGUUGACUCUUCACCAUAGAGGAGAUGUCACAGAGAAAGAUGGCUAUGUUCCUUCCUGUGUUCUCUACAUCUCUUGGAUGCCCAUCUUCACUGCCACUGUAACUCCCUGUCCACCUGUCUGUCCAUGGUCCAGAGCCGCAUUGGGAUCCUCACACAAGAGUCCAUAUACACCACCGUCCACCACCCCUGCACCAGCUUGCUGUUCAACUACCACCAUAAGCAACCAUUCAACUACAGUUCUGACACUGAGUAACAACCAGUCCACACCAGGUUUAGGCAGCCUAGUUCCUACACCAAGCACUAUUAGUAAGAAGGGCAAAUCCAGAAAAAUGGAGAUGGACAUCCGUGGUAGAAACCGCCUGACUCACACCUCAGCACCUUUGUACUUUGCCAAGUCCAAAAGGCCAGCACCUGCAGAUGUGGAGGGAGGGGCAGCUACCAACCGUCUGCCAGGGGGUCAGCAGGCAGCAUCACGUAGACAACGUAGCCUACACACAAAGGGAGGAAGGUCAGCUCCCUCUUUGACUAGUCUACAUAUUGUGGAGACAAACCAAGAGAUCACAGCACAACGUUGUGCAACACCUGAGAGCUGCAGUUACACAGUAUCACUCCAUGGAAACAGAAAUUCUUCCAUCUCACAAAUCACAUUGCACAUGACGUCCACAAACAGCGUGUGGGUACGAGAGUGUGGAGCCACAAAGGGGCUUUUAUGCCCCAACCACACAGAGACGGAGCUCCAUGUUGGACAGAGUACAUCGACAAAGGGCACUCAUCACCUGUGGUCAGUUCCUGUGCUGUCUUACCAGGACGUCACCUAUCACUUCCGUGUCUCCCUGUCUAGUGAAGUGAGUUGUGCCACCGAAGGAGAGACCUCAUCGUACUCUGACUACCACUUUCUCAUCCAAAGCAGCUGUGUUUGAGAAGGAAAGGAUGUCUCACAGUGCCUUUACAAUAAACCACAUUUUUCAUUUGUGGUUCCAUUUGUACACUGUUGUGAUGGGGUCGGGUUUUGUCUCAUUAUUGUAAAUUAUUUUUAAAGAUAUUCAUACAGAACAAACUAUACAUCACUGUCUCCC